AUGAACGCUGCGGCCAGCAGCUCCCCCAUGGCCUCCCUCUACGUGGGUGACCUGCCCUCGGACGUCACCGAGGCCAUGCUGAAUGAAAAGUUCAGUCCUGCGGGGCCUGUGCUGUCCAUCCGGGUCUGCCGCGAUCUGAUCACCCGCCGCUCCCUGGGUUAUGCCUACGUCAACUUCCAGCAGCCGGCUGACGCUGAGCGGGCCUUGGAUACCAUGAACUUUGGUGUGAUUAAGGGAAAGCCAAUCCGUAUCAUGUGGUCUCAGAGGGAUCCCUCUUUGAGAAAAUCUGGUGUGGGAAACGUCUUCAUCAAGAAUCUGGACAAAUCUAUAGAUAACAAGGCACUUUAUGAUACUUUUUCUGCUUUUGGAAACAUUCUGUCUUGCAAGGUGGUGUGUGAUGAGAACGGCUCUAAGGGUGAUGCCUUUGUCCACUGCGAGACGCAAGAGGCUGCUGACAAGGCCAUCGAGAAGAUGAACGGCAUGCUCCUCAAUGACCGCAAAGUGUUUGUGGGCAGAUUCAAGUCUCGAAAAGAGCGGGAAGCUGAGCUUGGAGCCAAAGCCAAGGAGUUCACCAAUGUUUAUAUCAAAAACUUUGGGGAAGAGGUGGAUGAUGAGAGUCUGAAAGAGCUAUUUAGCCAGUUUGGUAAGACCCUAAGUGUCAAGGUGAUGAGAGAUCCCAGUGGGAAAUCCAAAGGCUUUGGCUUUGUGAGUUACGAAAAACACGAGGAUGCCAAUAAGGCUGUGGAAGAGAUGAAUGGAAAAGAAAUCAGUGGGAAAGUGAUUUUGGUAGGCCGUGCCCAGAAGAAAGUGGAACGGCAGGCUGAGUUAACGCGGAAAUUUGAACACCUAAAACAAGAGAGAAUCAGUCGGUAGGGGGUGAAUCUCUACAUGAAGAACUUGGAUGACACCAUUGAUGAUGAGAAGUUAAGGAAAGAGUUUUCUCCUUUGGGAUCAAUCACCAGUGCGAAGGUAAUGUUGGCGGAUGGGAGAAGCAAAGGCUUUGGCUUUGUCUGCUUCUCAUCUCCUGAAGAGGCGACCAAAGCAGUCACCGAGCUGAACGGACGCAUCGUGGGCUCCAAGCCACUACAUGUCGCCCUGGCCCAGAGGAAGGAAGAGCGAAAGGCUCACCUGACCAACCAGUCCAUGCAGCGGGUGGCUGGAAGGCGAGCACUCCCUGCCAAUGCCAUCUUAAGUCAGUGCCAGCCUGCAGCCGGUGGUUACUUCGUGCCAGCAGUCCCACAGGCCCAGGGAAGACCUCCAUAUUACACACCCAACCAGUUAGCACAGAUGAGGCCUAACCCCCGCUGGCAGGAGGGUGGGAGACCUCAAGGCUUCCAAGGAAUGCCAAGUGCUAUACGCCAGUCUGGGCCUCGUCCCGCUCUUCGCCAUCUGGCUCCAACUGGUGAUGCUCCGGCCUCUCGCGGCCUCCCUACUACCACUCAGAGAGUCGGGUCUGAGUGCCCGGACCGCUUGGCUAUGGACUUUGGUGGGGCUGGUGCCGCCCAGCAAGGGCUGACUGACAGCUGCCAGUCUGGAGGUGUUACCCCAGCCGUGCAGACCUUAGCACCUCGUGCUGCUGUCGCUGCUACUGCCCCUCGGGCUGUCGCACCUUACAAAUACGCCUCCAGGGUCCGCAGCCCUCACCCUGCCAUCCAGCCCCUGCAGGCACCGCAGCCUGUGGUCCAUGUGCAGGGGCAGGAGCCCCUGACCGCCUCCGUGCUGGCCGCAGCGCCCCCCCAGGAGCAGAAGCAGAUGCUGGGAGAACGUUUGUUCCUGCUCCUCCAAACCAUGCAUUCAAACCUGGCUGGGAAAAUCACGGGCAUGCUGUUGGAGAUUGACAACUCUGAGCUGUUGCACAUGCUCGAGUCCCCCGAGUCGCUCCGCUCCAAGGUGGAUGAAGCUGUGGCAGUUCUGCAGGCUCAUCACUUGGGAUGCUUCCGCAUUUUUGCUAUU